AUGGCCUCUGGGGGUGAGCCACAGCCCAGAGAGGCAGCCUCAGGACCCGAGCCGCAGAGCAUCACCGGACUGGGCCCCGGCAGUGAACUGAAAGGGCAGAGUCCAUCCGUCCAGUGGAACAGACAAAACACCCACUUGGCAAAAUAUUUAAUUCAGUCCACACCAACGACAGCAACAGAUCCACCUCCAGCCUGUCUUCCCGCCGUGUCCCUGACCCAUAGCAAAGUCAGACCCUCUCGCCACCUUCUCUUCCACCUUCUUCUGACUAUUCCUUGGCUUUCUAACUUUCCUCGGCGGGGGGACAGGGUUUCUCCUGUCUGUCCAGUUUGA